AUGGGUCGAGGUUUAGGCUGGGAUAUUCUUGUGGCCAACAUCAUUCAUGCCGUGUGUGGCGCUGUGGAACUCAGUGUUGGUACGAGAAAGCAACCAUUGAUAUUCGUGCUAAAUUGCAGUCCAGAUGAGCAAAUUACGUUAAGCGAAGAGCUCAUGGAAUUGAAUUGGCUUGAUGGGCAUUCAAAUUACUCAGGGUUAACUUCAAUAAGCGGCGAAACCCACAAUACCGUUGAUAAGCGCCUCCAAACAUACAGACAGGGAGGAGUAAUCACCAUAGACUCGAGAUUUCUCGUAACAGACAUUUUGAGUGGUGCUUUGGACGUUUCCAAUGUAACGGGAAUAUUUGUAUUACAUGCUGACAAAGUUCUGGAGACAUCAAGAACCUCUUUCGCAUUGAAUUUGUUUCGAGACAAGAAUGAGUGGGGCUUCAUCAAGGCUUUCAGUGAUGAACCGGAACAAUUUACGGGGUUCACGCCCUUGGCUUCGAGACUCAAAAAUCUUCGCAUCCGUAAGGCAUUUUUAUGGCCUCGUUUUCAUAUAGAGAUUUCCCUGAGUUUAACGAAAUACGGCAAAGCGUUAACCAAUCGACAGAAACUGGAAAUAGAAAGACGCAGGGUGGUCACUGAGAUUAAUGUUCGGCUUACGGCAAAGCAGCAGCGUAUUCAACUGGCUUUACUCGCAUGUAUCAAGGCGUGUCUUAUGGAACUCAAACGACACGUGCCAGAGUUGGCUACGGAAUAUUGGGACAUGGAGAAUAUUCACGACAAAGAUUUCAUACGGCGGAUACGUGCGGUUCUUGAUAACCAUUGGCAUCGAAUUAGCUUUACAGCCAAACAAUUGGUUCAAGAUAUUUCAACAUUACUUGAUCUUUUGAUAAAGCUUGUCGUUUUAGAUCUGGUGUCAUUCUAUCAGAUUGUUCAAAAUAUUAUAGAUACUAAUGUUAAGCGGCUGGCAACAAACUCUGUUCUGCUGAUGGCGCCGUGGCUAGAUUUGGAUGACGCGAACACUGUUAUUUCCGCGGCUAAAGAACGUGCUCUCGGGAAGGUAACCGUUCCUAAUACUCGAUCUGAAGACAAUGAAUUCAAGACUGUGACCCAAGAGCGAUACAUAUUGGAAGAACAACCGAAAUGGGAUCAACUCGCAAUAUUAAUUGAUGAUAUCAUUCACGAAACAUUAGCCCUGACCUCGUCACGUUCAAGUGGACCGAUUGUCAUAGCUUGCCUGAGCAACAAAGUCGCAAGCCAACUCGAGGAUCUUUUGAAGUUUGCAGAAGUCACGACUGAUCCAAGAACAGGCCGUAAAAGAUUCCUGUUCCGACAUUACAUGGAAAGGAAAUUACGCGACUACCAAGAAUGGAAGCGCGUUAAUCAAAUGGUUCGAAGUCUUGCCUAUUCUAUGAUCGAUGCCGACAAUCCAGAUUCCAAUCAGGUCUCAACCACUAAAACAUUUCUGAAAUCAAACGAAGUUGUCAGUAAACGGCGGCGAACACGAGGUGAUCUGGCGACUGCUCGCGUACAGAGACUUUAUGCCGAUACAGAUGUUGAUAAAUUUAAAGGUGGAGAGGAUCUCGAACCUGAGCUCUUAGCAGAAGUUAUGUGUCACAUUGAGGAGGUUGAAAAAACGAUCGGGAAUGAGAGCGACAAUUUUUCUGGUGACGAAACAGUUUACAAUGAAAGAGCGCUUUUCUUAAACGAGCUUGUACCAACUCUUAUUAAUCAAGAGACUCAAGUUAUUAUUCAGCCAUUUGACGAGCGACUUACUGAUUCAACGUUGGAUCAACUAGGGCCGCUGUACAUUAUAAUGUUUGAGCCAAACUUAGCCUUCAUUCGGCGUACUGAAAUGUAUCAAGCGUUGAAUAGAGAAAACCCCGCAAAAGUGUUCUUAUUAUAUUACGGGGGUUCAGUGGAGGAAGAACGGCAUUUAUUGGCAAUAAAAAAGGAAAAAGAAGCAUUCACCCGGUUGAUCAGAGAAAAAGGUAAUUUGGCCAAAAGUUUUGAGGCCCCUGAGGACAAUUGGAAGUUCAAUGUGCACAAGGCUGACAUUGUGAACACUCGAAUUGCGGGAGGUUCAACAUUCAGAACUUCAACAGAGGAGUUCAAAGUGAUUGUUGAUGCCCGUGAGUUCCGAUCAGAUCUUCCAAAUUUACUAUACCGCAUUGGCAUUACUGUUGUUCCUAUGACUCUUCUUGUUGGGGAUUACGUGCUUAGUCCAAAAAUAUGCAUCGAAAGAAAAUCCGUACCUGAUCUUAUCGGUUCAUUCAAAAGUGGGAGAUUAGCACAGCAAUGCGAACAAAUGUUUCGAAGUUAUGAGUUACCUUGCCUUUUGAUCGAGUUCGACGAAGGGAAGUCGUUCUCUUUGGAGCCUUUUCUGGAAUUAUCGACUGCGAGAGGUCGACAAUCUGACAAUGCACUCUAUGAUCAGCUGAUUUCGGUGAACAUUAAAUCUCGUAUUCAAGCGAAGAUUUUAUCAUUGCUUAUUGCGUAUCCCAAACUUAAAAUUAUUUGGUCUUCUUCCCCAUUCGAGACAGCCCAGAUCUUUUGGAAGCUAAAACUUAAUCAGCAAGAACCAUCGCCUGAGGAGGCGUUAAAAAAGGGGGCUGUAUUUAAGGUUAACACUGGGGAUGAUGGACCCCCACAAUUCAAUGAUGGUCCGAUCGAUCUCCUUUUAAACAUUCCCGGCAUUAAUAGUGUCAACAUUCAUGUCAUCAUAGCCGAAGUCAAAAACAUACAAGAUCUCGUUAAACUCAGCAAAGAGAGGAUCACUGAAUUAUUGGGACAAGUUAACGGCGGAAAGGCGUACCGAUUUAUUCAUGAGUUUAUGAAAUGA